GUUCGAAUCGCUGUGUUCCGGUCGCGUUCUGCAGCCACAGGUCUUUGCUAUUUGUUGACAGUAGCAUAGCUAGCCAGUCUGAACGGCUAUGUCAAUAUUUUGUUGACUUAGCCAGCUGAAGCGUUGCUGUGAAAAUGAGUUCUCCAGGGAAUCGACACGGGACAAAAAGACCUGGCUCUCCAAGUGAAGAUGGACCUACACCAUGGGAAGCUGCAGAUCUGGGGGACAGUGAGAGAAAGCAGAAGUUUUUGCGGUUGAUGGGUGCAGGGAAGAAAGAGCACACUGGACGCCUAGUCAUUGGAGAUCACAAGUCAACAUCCCAUGUCCGCAGUGGGGCGGAGGACAGGAGGAUGAACUCUGAGCUGGAGCUGCAGUACCAGCAGGGGCUGGACGGGAAGCUGUCAGGCAGAAACAGGAGACACGUCGGCCUGGGCUUCAGUGAGCCUGAACCAGCCCCACCUUCCCCACCUGCAGAAAGCCAAAGCAAAGCAGAGCAACCAGCCAGUCCCAAAGCCCCAGACAGCCCUUCGGAAAACCAAGAGUCACCAGAGAAAUCCCCUUCACAGAGCCCAAACGGCAGGACAGAGCCCAGCUCAAAAGACAAGAGGGUAGAAGACAAGAAACACAAAAUGGCCUUUGUGAAGUCAUCCUAAGAAAGGGCGAAAAACUAAAUCACUUUUUCUAAUGUCGAACCACAGAUUUGUAAAUAUGUUCUUUUGUCUCUGAAGUACUUGGUAACUUCAUGGUUUAAGAAUGUAUUUUUAUGUUUCAAUGCUGAGCAGCAGCGUAGUGUACUACUGUAGGAGGUGACGUAAUCGUCGAUUGAGACAGAUUCUUCCCAUUAUUUUCUUGUCAAUUUUUAGGAAUUCCUAACUGGAAGAGGGACUGGUCUGAUGUGUUUUUAAUGGAUCUGAGAUGAAGCAAAGGCUUUAAUUAAGUUGUAUUGAAUGAAACUGGGUUGAACCUAUUGGCUCGAUACCUCUUACUUGGCUCGAUAGCUCUUUUACAGUCCUGUUCAAUGUCUCACCAUCAGUAAUAAAAGGUACUUAAUGACAAACUGAA